AUGAAAUCAAUAAAAUCUAUAAGACCGCCACGUGAACUGUAUAAACAUCAAUUAGAAAAUUUAACCUUUUCCUCGGUGUAUAAAGUGGGCAUAAGGGCUAGCAAUACCAAAAACACGAGAGAAAGUGAUUUAUUUUGGAAAACCUUUACCGUUCCAUCGUGCGUUGAAUGGCAUAAUUAUAAUUUUAAUAUUUGUGCUCCUGAAGCUCCUCAAAAUUUGCAAUUAGAACAAGUGGCUUUAGAUCAAAAUCUCUAUUCAUUGAACAUAAGUUGGCUUUUACCCAAUCAUUUGCCCGACAAUUAUACGCUUCGCAUACAGGAUUUAUCAGAACAAGGAAAUAUAACCAUAUAUGAAUUACCUAAGGAUAUUCACUAUUUCUACAUACCACAAAUAACCUUCUGGGGUGUAUUCUAUGAAGUAAGUCUUACCGCAUACACCAGGGGUGGACAUACAACAACAUCUCUAACAGAUAUAAUAAAAACUGUUGUUCAUAUUCCGGAGAAAAAUCCAAUUGUAAAACUGAUUGCAGUCAUAUUAGCGCCCAUUUUUUGUGUUGCCAUUUUGUCUCUAACAAUAUUUAUUAUUUACCAUCGUAGAGCUAAACUAAAACGCUAUCAGAAGAGAUGUAAAUAUUUUGAAGAACUCGAAAAGAAAGCACCAAUCGAUCCCAAAGAUACUUUUGAUUUCGUCACUCAUCUCAAGGGAAAUGCUGACGACUUAACAUAUGAAACUAAAGUACAAGAAAGUUUGCUCUAUGAUGAUGACAUGGAAAUUAAUCGCAAUGAUUUAAUACUUUAUCAAGUAUUAGGUGAAGGUGCCUUCGGGUUGGUAAAACUUGGUCUAUAUAAAGAUAAAAAAUUGGGCACCACUCAAGAGGUGGCUGUUAAAAUGUUAAAAGAUCAUCCCACUGCUGAUGACAUAUACGCAUUUCGUCGUGAGAUAGAAGUUAUGAAAUCUGUUGAAAAGCAUCCCAAUAUUGUUGGUAUAAUUGGUCAUUGUACACGUUUUAGCAGUGAAAUGAUGUUGGUUACUGAGUACUGUAGUUUCGGUAACCUGUUGAAUUUUUUAAGAAGUUUAAAACUACAAAUUGCUAGAGCUGCAGCUAAAAGAACAUAG